AUGUUGCCCCAGGAGCACGGGUGGGGCGCGCUCCAUCGCCCGAAUCAGCCGUGCCACCUGUCAGAGGGGGGGUGGCAGGAUGUUCUGCAGCACACAGGCGCAGGGACGUGGCCUCAGCCGCAGCACUACUGGUACUGGGCUCCCCAGCCACACCAGCCACACCAGCCGCACCAGCCGCACCAGCCGCACCAGCCGCACCAGCCGCGCCAGCAGCAACAGCAGCAACAGCAGCAACAGCAGCGACAGCAGCACCAGCAGCGACAACAGCACCAGCGGCACCAGCAGCACCAGCAUUACCAAGAGCCGCAUCAGCAGGUGUGGUACUUCCACCACAACCAGGCCAUCCAGCACAAUCAGCAGAAUCAGCACGACCAGCACCCGUGGCAGCAGCAGCAGCAGCAGCAGCAGCAGCAGCAGCAGCAGCGCUAUUACACCCCCGCAUGCGCCCAGCCGCCAGCAGCGAGCGCGUACUGCUCGCAACCGAAGAUUAGCGGGCGGCAGCUGCGCGACCCCUGCGCAGCCAUUGCAUUUGGGGCCCCACCAACUCGGCGUCCUCCAGGCGUGGCCACAGCAGGACCCGCUCUUGCAGCUGGCUGGCAACGAGCCCGGCGCUCGGCAUCCGCUGCAGCCGUGGCGGCGAGCAGCAGCGGCGGCGGAGGCAGCGAGGGCGGCGGCGGCGGGAUUGGGAGCGUUGGCGGCGGCGAGGCGGAAACUCUGCAGCGGCCUGCGUGGCAAUCGCCCCCAACAGCAUCUCCAGUGGCUGCGGCGCCGCCGCGGCUGCGUUUGUCCAAGGACGAGGCGCCCCAGGCGGGCAACAAGAUGCCGCGUCCCCGUGUGUACUUGCAGCACUACAAGGCAGCCGGGGUCGUCUUUUAUUGUGACGAGCCACAAGAGGGGUUGGGGCCGCCGGCUGCGACGGAUGCUGUCGCCGGCGAGCUGGCAGGUGGCGACAGCAGCGGCGUCACAGCGGCCGCGGCAGACCCGGGGGUAGCCGCCGCCAUUGUGGCCGCAGCCACUGCAGCGGAGGAGGCGGCGGCGGCGGCGGCGGGGCGAAAAGAGGGUGGGAGCGACGACGAGGGCGAGGCGGGCGCCACCGCUGCACACGCAGCCCCGGCGGUGGCACAGGAGCAGCUGCGCCUCAUCCGUGUGCUGAUGGUUCACCAGAGCGGCAGCGCGCCAACGGGCAAGCUGGGUUGGGGCUGGAUGUGCGGGAAGGUUGUUAAAGUGGAUGACGGCAAGGCGGAGCGCACGGCCGCGCGCGAGGUGGAGGAAGAGACGCACGGCCUCCUGCCCGCCACGCUGCUCGCGCCCGUUCUCGCGCACGCACCGGCGGUGCUGUGGCGGGCCGGGAGCAUGGCGCUUUUUGUCGUGAAGCUGCGCGGCGCGGAGGCGCUGCCGCGGCGCUUCGAGGCAGCGGUCGCAGCCGGGCGCAUCCACCCAGACGCGCGCGACAUCGACGCCAUGGCCUGGUUCCCCCUGGACCAGGUCGUGCGCUCGGCAAAGGCCUACACCAAGCGGCGGGGCUACACACUUGACGGGAUCCCUGGCCCUGAGGAGGACCUGUCGCUGCGCAGGUUCAUGCCGCGCCUGCUGAACCAGACCUCCCUCUCUAGCCUGCUGGUGACGCUUUCGCAGGGCGACGGCGCGGCCGCGCAACUGCGCCUGCCCCCGGGUUUCUCGCCGCCGCCGCUGCCGGUCGCGGCCGCCGGCAGCAAGGAGGCGGCUGCAGGCACGAAGGGUGCGGAUGCAGGGGAUGGGGAGGCCGGUGAUAGUGAAGGCGAGGGGCGCGUUGCAGCCGAGGCGGACUUGGUCGCAACAGCGGCAGCUGCUGGCAGGGCUGAGGGCGGGGCUCAGGGUAGCGGUCAGCCGAUUGAUGCGCCGUUGCAGGUGGUCCAGGAAGGCAGCGCGGCAGCAUCGCCAGGCGGCAGAGUCGCGGGUGCAGAAGCAGAGGGUUUGGUGGAUGCGGGCGACGGCGGCGGCGCUGAUGUGCGGAGCACCGGCGGCGCAACCUGCACAGGGGAGUGGGUUGAAGUUGAGGCGGCGCUGAGGCAGCUGUGUGUCAAGGCGGCGGAGGCGCCUGAGUAA